GGGGUUAAACAAAAGAGUGAGGAUGAUUCAACAUCCGUUACUGAGCCCCGCCUCCAUCCACGACUGAUUGACAGCUGACAUUGUGUCUCUGGAUGAAAGCUGUGCGAAUAAAGGCUCCCGCUUCAGUUACCAUCAGUACCUCUCUAAAGACCGUCACAGAAGCUCUUCAGCCAGAGGAACACCUCUCAGUCAAUUCAGUUCCCAUUUCUCUUUCUUCAGCAUGAGGCACAUCACAUUAUACUACACUGGGGCUGCAUUCCUCUUCUUGCUGUUCUCUGCAACAGGUGCUGAGCCCUACACUAUUGUAAGGAUUUUGGAGGGCCUCCAUGCAGAGCCCCAGACCUCCCCUUCACCCCUGAACUCAUUCUCCCUCUGCAUGGAGAUCAAGAACCGCGUCUUCAGCGACGCUCUCCUCAACUCAACCUCACAGCAGUACAAGCAGAUGUAUGCUGAGGUCGCUGGAGUUCUGGACAUCGCCUUUAACUGCUCUGACUGUGACACAAGAGAAACCUACAGAGGAGUGACAAACAUACAGUUCAGUAACGGGUCUGUGAUCGCAAACUGUACCAUCCAGUUCCAGACCAUUUUCAUCAACCAUGUUAUGCUCAAGCAUUUGUUCCUGAGGGCCAUAGAUAAUAAGACUCACGUCAACGGUCUUGCAGUCAACAGACAGUACACAGCUGAAAUAGUCGCACCUGCCUGGCUUUUUUCAAAGUCAACCACUUUUGCAGAAUCUAGUGCUGAGGGUCUUCCUGGCUGGGCCAUUGCAUUGCUAGUGCUAGCAUGCAUCAUCAUACUGCUUAUGUUCCUCGUCUUACUACUGAGAAAAAUGGUCAACACUCCAAUGUGA